UGAUCUCCAAAACGCAGCAACGCCUCGUACAGUUUCUUCGUGACAGCAAGUAAAAGCCACACCAAAACCACACAAGAAGUUUGUAGCAGCUAGCUGUUGCAAAUGGCGUCGAUGGUGGCUUGCCUCUCCACCCCGGCGACCUUCGCGGCCGCCGACGUGGUCCCGAGGAGGAAGGUCCCCGGCCGCGUCUGGUUCCCCGUGGCGCGCCGCGGCGGCUUCGCCGUGAGGUCGAGCGGGCCGGCGACGCCGCCGGGGAUCUCCGACAAGGUGUCGGACAGCAUCAAGAAGGCGGAGGAGACGUGCGCGGACGAGAAGGUCUCCGGCGAGUGCGCGGCGGCGUGGGACGAGGUGGAGGAGCUCAGCGCCGCGGCGAGCCACGCCCGGGACAAGCUCAAGGAGAACAGCGACCCGCUCGAGAACUACUGCAAGGAGAACCCCGAGGCCGACGAGUGCCGCACAUACGAUAAUUAGAGCGCGUACGUAUGCUAAAUUUGCCGCACACGAUUGGAGGAUAGUGAAGUGAAGAAGAUGUUGUAUAACUUGGUGAAUUUGCACGAAGGUUUAUGUUUCUCCGCCUGUAUUUAUUAUCCAGUAUACUUGCUUGUAUGUUGAUAUAUAGAUUUAAUAUAAGAACGCGUUAGCAAAUAGCAAA